UCCAUGGGGAAACGCGGGCGGCCGCGCAAGGAGGCGCGCGGUGAGGGUGCGGGGCUGACCCCCGCCGCGCCCCCGGCCCCGGCCCCGAUCUCGGCCGCGCCCCAGCUCCAGCCCCAGCCCCCCGUGCAGCCCGACGAGCCCGCGGGGGCCAAGCUCAGGUGCCCCUUCUCGGACAUCUUCAACACCAGCAGCGAGAACUCCAUGGAGAAGCACAUCAACACUUUUCUGCAGAACGUGCAGAUUCUGCUCGAGGCCGCCAGCUACCUGGAGCAGAUCGAGAAAGAAAACAAAAAGUGUGAACAUGGCUAUGCUUCCACGUUUCCCUCUAUGCCAAGCCCCCGACUGCAGCAUUCAAAGCCCCCGCGGAGAUUGAAUCGGGCACAGAAACACAGCAGUGGAAGCAGCAACACCAGCACUGCCAACAGGUCUACACACAAUGAGCUGGAGAAGAAUCGACGAGCUCAUCUGCGCCUCUGUUUAGAACGUUUAAAAGUUCUGAUUCCAUUAGGACCAGACUGUACCAGGCACACAACACUUGGUUUGCUUAACAAAGCCAAAGCACAUAUCAAGAAACUUGAAGAAGCUGAAAGAAAGAGCCAACACCAGCUAGAGAAUUUGGAACGAGAACAGAGAUUUUUAAAGCGACGACUAGAACAGCUGCAGGGUCCUCAGGAGAUGGAACGAAUACGAAUGGAUAGCAUUGGAUCAACUGUUUCUUCAGAUCGUUCUGAUUCAGAGCGAGAGGAGAUUGAAGUGGAUGUUGAAAGCACAGAGUUCUCCCAUGGAGAAGUGGACAAUAUCAGUACUACCAGCAUCAGUGACAUUGAUGACCACAGCAGCCUGCAGAGUAUUGGGAGUGACGAAGGUUACUCCAGUGCCAGUGUCAAACUUUCAUUCACUUCCUAGAACCCAGCAUGAUAUAACAGUGCAGGGCAAAAUAUUCACCGGGCCAAUUCAAUCCAGUCUCUUAAAUUGGGUUCAUGAUGCAGUCUCCUCUUUAAAAUUAAACACAACAAAAACUAUACUUGAACAAAGGGUCAGAGGACCUCUCUAUUUAAGCAAAUACUUAGGAAAAAGUGGGGCAGAGCUUCCCCAACAGAACAAAUAUUGAUACUCAUUAUCUAAAAAUCAGAACUUCUAAUGGCAGCAGAAAUGUUUGAAAUUUUUUAGUUGAUUUGAAAGAGGACAUUGGAGAGUCCAUCCUCUUUAUUUUCUAGUUUGUUCAUACUAGUCUGAGUAAACACCUUUAAGGAUGGGCUUAUGAACUCUACCUGAGCUUUCUUGGUCCUACAAAUGAAUAAAUCAGACCCACAGUAAUGACAAGGCAUUAAUUUUGGAUAGCCAAAGAAGCUAUUAAAAUAGCCUAGGGAUGAUCAACUCUUAAAAAAUAAAAAAAGCUCAAAGCUCAUUUCAUGCUUUGCAAAAGAAGAAAAGGAGACUCCCAUGAAGCCUUUUGAAAGGGAUCAUCAUGCAGCUCAGCUUUCUGUUGGAUUCCAUGCUAAGCAAGCUAACCUUAUACUGCAUUGUUAGCACUAGGGCACCCAACUGCUAGCUCAGUAGCUUCCUUAGGCCCACGGACAGCAUGGGGGCAUCCAUGCACGAUAGCCUCCAUCGUGCUGGGCCUAUGAGUUCGGAUUGAGGGGCCAGACAGAAAAAGCUCUGUGUGCCUGUUUUGUCUGCGUGGACCAGAAAAAGUUGUGCACGCAGGUUAGCAGGCCCAGGUCUGAGCCACGACAGCAUUUUUAUUUCAGAUUUUGAUAACUGUUUGUAUGUGUUGAAAACCAAAAUGACAUCUUUUUAAAGCUUGUCCAUAAAAACAUAGAUGUCUUUUAUAGUGAAAAAAAAAACACAUGGGGAAAAAUCAUCUAUUUUGAUGCAGCAUUUGAUAAUGACAAAAACACCUCACACCUCACUAUAGUGCACAAAAUGAAUGAGGUCUGGGCUAGGUAGAAAAAGGUCAAUGCUGUUUGUUUUCUUUUAGAAUCAUUACCUUUACCCGUUUUUAACCAUUGGAUAUUUAUAGUAGACACUAUCAUAGUUAACAUAGUUAAGUUUGGCACUUGUCUCAAUUUAAUGUAAAGAUUUGCUUCCGUUUUCCUAUUGGCAGUUUCCCUCUGUCCUUACACACCAGUCCCACAGUGCAGGUGCUAUUGUUGCUCUUAUCCAUAUUUUCAGAAAUGUUAAGUGAAAUUUCUAGCCUGCACUUUAAUGUCUUGUGUUCUUCCCUUUGUCUCUCGAACUCCAAGGUUCCCCACGGCCCUUGUCCCUUAACCCAGGAAACCUUUUUGGAGACCUUAUUCUUGGCUGUUUGGACUUUGUAUACUUUAACUACCCUUAAUUACUUUAAAAAAAAAAAAAGCUUUAUGAUUUUCAUAACUUAUUGCUGAUUUUAAUGGGUUGUUAAAUUUCAGUCCUGUAGUUUUAUUUUGUUUAGAUAGGGCUGGGCAAGGAAAAAGAAAAUAAAGACAACCAUAAUUAGCAGUGCAGUUGAAUUGUGUGUAUGUUAGACUUACAGCUUUAUGUAGCACUUUAACAGCUUUCACUGCUUCUAUAUAUGAAUACCAUCUUCGUCAUACAAAAGGCCUCAAGCAUAUACUUACUCGUUCUUUCUUGUGCUCUUCUUGUGCCUCCAAAAAUAUUUUAUCCUUGACUGUGCUAUGUUUGAGUGAAAGAAAUUCUUUGUAGAUGUGUGUGAAAACCUGCAUGCCUUUAGAAGCCCAUUUAGAACUUGCUACUUCAGGUGCUGGGGACUUAAUGAAAAACAUGAUAAAACAAAUUUAUUUCUGUGGCCCAGGUAAAUUAUUUCUGGUUUCAUUUAUUACUCUUGGCUGGGUCAUGAUGUUGCUCUAUAUACUUACUUUUCACUUUCCCAAAUGAGACGGUUUGAAGACUUUGCUAACUACCACGGAAAGUAAAUGGAAAGCUUCUGUUUUGCUCUUCCCUUGGCGUGCACUUGCAUUACUUGCCUAGGGCUGGCAUUUGGGACUUCAUUCAGGUGAACCUGAGGUGCUGCCAUUUUGUAUAUGUGCAGGAUGGUGGGCUGGAAAGCCUUGUCAUGAACCUAAAGUACAUAUUUCAACUGCCCCCUAAAUUACACCUUCCCUGGGUUUGUUUUCCUUGGGGGAGGGGGCAAAAUGUAUGAUGAAUAAGAAGUAUUAAUUUUUUAAAAGACAAAUCAACUUUGAAGAUACAAAAAUUGCGAGAAAUAAAACUUGUGAAUGAAGAAUAC